GUGAGUUCCCGGAAGCAGCAUGUCUGCUCCCGUGGGCCGACCAGGCGCCACACGCUGAACCGCCGACACCAUGCAGUCAGAUGAUGUUAUCUGGGAUACACUAGGAAACAAGCAAUUUUGUUCCUUCAAAAUAAGAACCAAGACUCAGGGCUUCUGCAGAAAUGAAUACAACCUGACUGGACUAUGUAAUCGGUCGUCCUGUCCCCUGGCAAAUAGUCAGUAUGCCACUAUUAAAGAAGAGAAAGGACAGUGCUACUUGUAUAUGAAGGUUAUAGAACGAGCAGCUUUUCCUAGGCGUCUUUGGGAACGGGUCCGGCUUAAUAAAAACUAUGAGAAAGCACUGGAGCAAAUUGAUGAAAAUUUAAUUUACUGGCCUCGUUUCAUUCGACACAAAUGUAAGCAGAGAUUCACCAAGAUCACCCAAUACCUAAUUCGAAUUAGAAAACUUACACUAAAGCGACAGAGGAAACUUGUUCCUUUGAGUAAGAAGGUGGAACGUAGGGAGAAAAGAAGAGAGGAGAAAGCAUUAAUAGCUGCUCAGCUAGACAAUGCCAUUGAGAAGGAAUUACUGGAGAGACUGAAACAAGAUACGUAUGGCGACAUCUACAACUUCCCCAUCCAUGCCUUUGACAAGGCCCUGGAACAACAGGAGACAGAAAGUGACUCUUCAGAUGCUGAGGAAAAAGAUGAUGAAGAUGAUGAUGAAGAAGAUGUGGGAAAAAGAGAAUUUGUGGAAGAUGAUGAGAUAGAAGAGAGCGACAUAAGUGAUUUUGAGGAUAUGGAUAAACUGGAUGCCAGCAGCGAUGAAGAUCAGGAUGCUGAAUCCUCCAAAGAGGAGGAAGAAGAAAAGGCCCUUAAAGUGAGACACAAAGGCAAAACACCCUUGAAAGGACCCUUACGGAGAAAACGGGCCUAUGUGGAGAUAGAGUACGAGCAGGAGACAGAGCCUGUGGCCAAGGCCAAGACCACGUGAUUUCCCCUCAAACGACUGUACACAGGACUGAACAUUUGGAACUUUUUUUUUUUAUCUUGAACACAUAUACACCUCCAGUUUUUGCUCUUUUGUGUUGUAUUUAACACAAUAUUUGUGUUUUUAAUAUUUAUGUCACUUCAGUGGGGCAAGAAAUCUGGAGUGAGUGGAAGAAAGCCUUAAGUUGUGAACAGAGUAUUUUUAUAGCAUAUGUGUUGAACUAACAGCUCGAGCCCAAGAAGCUUAACAGAUGAGUUCCUGAAUCUGGGAUGAGACUGUGGGUGUAAAUAUUUCUAAAUUUUAAAUGUUAAA